AGACACAAAUCAAAAUUUUAAAUUUCUCAAUAAAUUUGUAGCACCUUUUGGAAAAAAAUCUAGGCUUUAAAUUAGGAAAACAUUUUUGGUAAAAAAAAAAGGAACAAAAAUAUUAAAAUCGAUUGAAAAAUUAAAAAAAUGUCCAACAACUCACGAAUGCAAUAUUCUCCGAAACACCUGAACAUCAACACUUGCGAGAGAUAUCCGCGUCUGAGGCACACGGAGUUUUAUCGCACACCUGAACCGCGCCCCUCGGUUCAAAGCCAGAAGGCGGAACAUGCCAAAGAUCGAUUAAAUCGUCUGCCCAGUGCUGAGGCACCCACACAAAGUCCUCGUAUUCAACCGCCGCGAAACUCGGAAGAACGAGUACUUCGCGAUAGCUAUUUUUCCUAAAAUGCUGAAAAUGCUAAGUAAAAUAAUGAACAAAUCUUUUGCUCGGUGGAAUCGCGGGAAAAGCAAAUAUUUGGUUAUUU